CAACCAACCUGCAUCGCAUGUUUGUCAGCUGGCGAUCCCAUUUGCGGCUGGUGCCUGCCUUUAGGAGUCUGUCUCCCCGCCCACCUGUGCCCCUUAUCCGGGAGUGAAGCUGUACCCCGAGCUCGCAACACAGGCGUUGGCCCGGAUAAAGAUAAUCUUGAUGGCAACAAAGGUAUUCCACCAACCGUUCAUCAAACUUGGUCAGAUCAGCCAAGACGCGAGGAAGAGGCCGAUGGGGAACCAGGCACUUCCUUCGGUCGGCGAGUCAGCUGGCUGGAUUUCACUUUUUCUAGUCGAUGGUGA